AUGGCAUCUCUUCAUCUUACUCUUCCUCUCAAUUUCAACAGAUAUAAAACCCUCAUUCAAACUCAAUUCCAAUCUCUUGAUCUAAAGCCGCAAUCCCAUCCGACCACAAUCCGCCACCGGUCGACGGCCGUCCGCGCCUACAGGGUGGUGGUCGAGCACGACGGCGGGUCGACGGAGCUGGAGGUGGAACCGGACGAGACGAUCCUGUCAAAGGCGCUGGAGGCGGGGCUUGAAAUUCCCCACGACUGCAAGCUGGGCGUGUGCAUGACGUGCCCGGCCCAGCUGCUCUCCGGGAAGGUGGACCAGAGCGAGGGUAUGCUGAGCGAUGACGUCAUCGAGAGUGGGUACGCGCUGAUGUGCGCGUCGUACCCGAGGUCCGACUGCCGCGGGUCCUCCGUUUCUUCUUGGACUUGGUGGUCUCACCAGCAUAUGAAUCAGAAUUGUGGGAAUACUUGUAUGUGGGCGCGAACACAAUCUUGCCUUCGCUCCACCCAAUAAAUACUCUUCCUGCUUCUCUUUCCUUGUUCAGCUGUGCUCAUGGUCAAACAAUAUUUAUCCGUUCAAUUAUUAUUAAUUAAUAAUAAUAAUUAUAUAUGAAAAUAAUA